AUGGUCCCAAACGGUCUAUGCAAGAUAGACAUUGAUGGAAUGACGAAGGUAGCGGUCGUCAACACAAGCGAAGAGCCUAUGGUGAUGCGAAAAGGUCGGGAGGUAGGAGAGUGGGAAAAAGCCUACUGGAAUGAACUCCGCUUCAGAGACACUCCAGCAGACAUACUGCGCAGUCAAGGCAUGUCGAUGUCUGUGAAGAAAAGGUUGAAUACCUUGUUCGAGUUGUUAAUCAGAAACAGGAACGGAAGAGCGCUGCCAUCUAAGAUGCAAGAGAUUGUAGAAAAUAACAAUCAUGUUUUUGCUGUAGAAGACAGCGAGUUGACGCAAACCUCUUCGGUAGAUCACGAUAUCGACACGGAGGACACCAAACCAAUCCGCCAACAGACCCGCCCGCAAGCUAGAGAAGUACUGUCAACCACACCGGUUCUGGCGCAGCCGGAUGUGAAAGAAACACAGUCAGGGAAGAAUCCCUACGUAAUCUAUACGGAUACAUCCAGUCUUGGCGUAGGGGCAGUGCUUUGCCAGCAAGGAGUGGAUGAAUUUCUCCAUCCGAUAUACUUCGCGUCAAAAUGA